CGGGGGAUCUCUUGAGAACCAUACCCCAACCUUCAGACAUUGUCUCUUCAGAUCUCAUUAUGCCUUCAGCCGAAAAUCCCAUAGUCCUCCAUAUUGGCGACCCAAUCAAGUACAACCACGAUCUCUACAAGAAGCUUGAGUCAAAAUUCACCAUCAUCCGCCCCUCGGCGGAAGAACGCCAACGCGGUGCUUUCCUCGAAGCUCUUCACCAGAAGAAAUGGGGCGAUUUUCAGGCUGUCAUGCGACCCUUUUGGAUCACAGGUGGUGAAAUGGGACGCUGGGACAAAGAACUAAUUCCACUCUUGCCCAAGUCCAUGAAGGUUUACGCAUCAGCUGGUGCUGGAUAUGACUGGGCUGACGUUGACAUCAUGGCCGAAAACCGUAUCCUUUAUUGUAAUGGAGCAGCUGCUUCGACUGAGGCUGUUUCUGACAUGGCGCUUUACCAUAUCAUUUCUGUGUUUAGGAAUAUGCAGUGGAGUAAUAUGGCUGCGAGAGGCAGUGAAGAGGAGUUUCGAGAUGCACAUGCUCAUACGCAACUCACGGCAUCCAACCCUCGCGGCCACACUCUGGGGAUAAUUGGUCUUGGCAACAUUGGAUACCAGAUUGCUCUCAAGACUCAUAAGGCUCUUGGUAUGCGCAUUGCAUAUUACGACCCCUUCCCCAAACCGCCAGAGCAAGAAGCAGCUAUCGAAGCAACAAACUACCCCAAGCUGGAAGACAUGCUUGCCAUCGCCGACUGUAUCGUCAUAGCUGCCCCCGGUGCAGGUGGAAACAAGAUUCUUGGCCGGGAGGAGAUAUCUAAGAUGAAGAAAGGAUCACGACUUGUUAACGUUGCACGCGGGAGUUUGGUAGACGAAGAAGCUGUGGCUGACGCCAUGGAUUCUGGACACUUGUUUGCAGUGGGCUUGGACGUUUUUGAGGAUGAGCCGAGACCGAAUCAGAGGUUGCAGAAGAUGAGGAAUGCAACUUUGACGUGCCAUACUGCUGGCGGUGCACUUGAUACGUCGAUUGGGUUUGAGAGAUUGGCUAUGGAGAAUGUUAUGGCUGUGUUGGAGGGGAAGGAUGCUAUUACGCCGGUGAACAAGCACCUGUUCAAGUAGACUGAAUAGGAGUGGGGGUCAAU